CCCAACUAUGGCACUCGCUACAUAAACAUUGACAGUUACACAGCUACGUAGCGCCACUAUCGCGCGCCUAUUGACUGAUAGAUUCAUGGUCCCCAGCCUCUGCACUGUAUCAGACUGCAACUGCUGCUGAGCGUCUUGCCACCGCAAUGGAUGUCAAAGAACCACUGCUCCCAUCGGACCCCCCGCCGUCGUACGAAGAUGCGCGAAAGUCUCCUCUGGCACACAACAGGACGCCCUCGAGCGCUGCGCCCGGCAAGCGUCCUCCCCCCGGCCCGCCGCCGCCACUCAAUCUGCCCGCGUUGAACGGCCUGAGGGGCUCCAGGGUCGUCCUUGCGAGCAAGUCGCCGAGAAGACGACAGCUGCUUGCGCAGCUGGGCCUGACCAAGAUCGACGUGUGUCCCUCGCAGUUUGCCGAAAACCUAGACCACUCGCUGGGCGCCCUGAACUACGUGCUCGAGACGGCGUCUGCCAAAGCGCUCGAUGUCUACAGGACCGAACUCAACAACCCAGAGCGCGGCGAGCCAGCCAUUGUCAUCGCUGCCGACACCAUUAUUGUCUCGCACGACGGGCGGAUACUGGAGAAGCCGCGGAGUGAGGCGCACCACGUAGGCAUGCUGAAGAUGCUGCGCGAUCAGGGCGAACACAAGGUCAUGACAGCUGUGGCGGUGAUGAAGCCGCUCGAGUCAGCCAUAGACCCUGGCUACGCUAUGGAGACACAUGUUGAGGAGACAACUGUCAAAUUCGACCCACAUGUGACGGACGACCUUAUCCUUGCGUACGUAAGAACACGCGACGGCAACGACAAGGCGGGCGGAUACGGCAUUCAAACAGCGGGGUCGAUACUCAUUGAAGGCAUACAGGGGUCCUACGACAACGUGGUUGGAUUGCCGCUGCGGGCGACGCUCAGGCUCAUUGAGAAGGUUAUGCAGCGUGACGAGGAAGAGGAAGGAGACGAUUUUUUUGUGGACAGCAAAGAGGACGGGGACGAGUAGUCGUGUCAGUUGCGCUCUUUUUGCAUCCCUUUCUGGCGGGCCCGUACGGAGGCGUUGUGGAAGCACUGCAGGCAAGUCUUCAAGCAGGAUGGUUUACAUGGCACAAAAGAAACUCCGCGCACAAACAUGAUUGCAUGGAUACUGGGCCGAGGGCUUGUCGGCCGCACUUGAUAGGUGACGGUCCCUGCUCCAGUCGGACGGACGCUUUGCUAUCAUUUUGAGCGGGCUAUCCGGAAUCUAGAUGAGUCUUUGGUCUGAUGGAGCAUGAUGGAGCAUGAAGAAGUGAUUA